GAUUGCGAGGCUUGCAAUCAUGAGUAUUGUAAAGCAUGUGAUUAGCCCAUCAUUUGAUCAAGUGGUACAUAUAUAUUCAAGGAUAAAUCGAUCUAAACAUAAAUGAAUCCGAAAAGAGUUAAGAAGUUUACUCUUCCUUGUUUUUGAUUAAAAGGGUUCUUUACUUGGAUAUAUAUUGAGAAAAAAAUAAGAGGAUAUACUUAUACGAAACAAUUACUAUAGUAGCUCUUGCUUUCUUACUGUUUUCAUAUUAUGGUGAACUCAAGUAUUGGUAACAUAUUAUAGUAGCUCUUGAUUUGCUGCUACGUAUGGUUGCUUAUGUCGUUAUUUAAAUUGAUGACGAAUGAAUUUUACUGGUAAAAACGUCCCAAACCUAACACUUGCUAAUUUGGAUAUGUGCACAUGUUUUCCCAACCUGUCAUUAAAUCAACGUACAAAUUUGUCAUCCAAGAAUCUAGUCGUUGAAUUAGCCAGUGAUAUACUUGUUGUUCAUUAGCAUUGACUUGAGUUUACGCCGGAACUAUUGGUGGUAUGUGUGCACGUAUUUGUCAUGUUUAUUUCCUUUCUAUUAGAGAGAGAAUACAGUAAGUUUUUUUUAUCUAAACAAAAGAAACUUUAAGUAGAUUGGGAAAGCUUUGUAUAAUCAACGUUCAUAAUUGAAAGCCAAAACGUCUUAGUUACAACUACAAGUGAUCAUAAGUAGGCGCAAAGAAUCUCACGCCCCUACAAAUAAUAGCAGGCCUAAAAGAAAAUAAAUAAAAAAUUCCAUUGCAGAUUGGUUCAUAGUCCUACAUGAUUCACUAGGGCCAAUCCUAAAAGCUACUAACUCAUUUCACUUUCACUUAUGAUUAGAUGGUGAUGAUCAUCUGAUUUUGCACAUUUCCAUGUGACCCACUUUUUUGUAUCUUUAAAAAUUCCCCAAAGGAACCUUUAGAAUAAAAGAGAGGGUCCCUACACAAACACAUAGUGAAGGUGAUCUCGUCUAUUUAAACACAUCCAUAUUCAUUGUUCAAACAUAACCAAAUUUAUCUCUCUAUCAUUUCACAUAUUGAGGGUUUGAAAAACUAUAUAUAUUAAUUAACUAUGGAGUUCAAUGGUAAUUUGAAUGCCGGUUCUUCCUCUAGAUCAAAAAAGAGUCAUAGGCAAAAGCAGCAACAACCGCAACCGCAACCACACCAACAUAUUGAAGAAAUAAAGUAUGUAGGGGUGAGGAGGAGGCCAUGGGGAAGAUACGCAGCUGAAAUAAGAAACCCGACUACGAAAGAGAGGUAUUGGCUAGGUACUUUUGACACAGCCGAAGAAGCUGCAUUGGCCUAUGAUAGAGCUGCACGGUCCAUAAGAGGCUUGACUGCUCGAACCAACUUUGUCUACUCCGAUAUGCCUCGUGGCUCCUCAGUAACUUCAUUUGUCUCUCCUGAUGAAUCCCAACGUUUCAUUUCCGAGAUAUUCAACCCUCCAAGCCAACUAGAAAUUAUUAACAGCAGCAACAACAACAAUCUCUCUUCAUCGACCAACAACCAAAACCAGAACUCUAUUGAGUUCUCAUACAAUGGGUGGCCUCAGGAGGCUGAAUGUGGUUAUCAAUCUAUAACCAGUAAUGCUGAGCACUGUAAUCAUGAGCUUCCACCUCUUCCUCCCAGUACUUGUUUUGGAGCUGAACUGAGGAUUCCGGAGACCGAUAGCUAUUGGAAUGUUGCGCAUGCAAGCAUAGACACGUUUGCCUUCGAGUUUGAUGGCUUUGUGGAUCAAAACAGUCUUGGUCAGAGUGGAACAGAAGGGUUUAAUUCUUUAUCCUCCACAUUCUUCUACCAAUAACAGUCAUGAGUUGUCCAAGUGUGUCUUUGUUCUUUGGUAUUUCUUUUGUUUUCACUGUCCUUUUCGCCUUUAUAAUGGACUGGAAUGAGAGAUAUCAAGUGUCUCUCUCUCGCUUGUAGCGUUUAUGUUUCUCUGAAAUUUUAUCAAAUGUUUUGUUAUUGUUGCUUACCAAAUGCAAGACUCUCUUGAUCAGUACUUGUAAACUCUGUGUAGCGCAUACGAUUGUGAUUGCUUCAAAGUCUCUUUUAAUUUGUUUCGGUCCAUAUACCUUUUGGUGAUAUUGAUUUUAGGCGUAACUGGCUAACUAGCACAAUUAAGGUUUUUCAACUAGAUAACUAGUAUCGGAGGAAAAAAAAUACCAUAAAUUAAAGAGUACCACAUUCUUAAGUUUUGCUUUAAACAUACCAUCACUAAUUUUUUUUCCAAUAAAUACCAUAAAUUAAUGGAUAGAUCCGAUGCCAAGUUGAUGCUUCAUGGGUAAGUGAUGGUAAUACCUCUGGUCUUGGUUUCGUGCUCGACGCUCCAUCAGGACGGCUUCUUGGAUCAAGAGGUAAAACACGAUUGCUUUCCCCGCUUCAUGCUGAACUAGAGACCCUUUUAUGGGCUAUGGAUUGCACGGAUGUGGUAAAAGUCACUUUGAAACGGAUUGCACGGAUGUGGUAAAAGUCAUAGAGGAAGAAGACCCGUGGCCAGUCUUAUAAACAGAAAUUGAGUCCUUUAAUCCAUGCGUAAUCGUUUUAGAUGUUUUUCGAUUUUCAAUAUUUCUAGAAACUUGAAUAUCCGAGCCGACACCCUUGCGAAA